AUGCGCCGCUCAUCAACUCAUCUACUCUUGCUCGUAUGCGCCCUACUCGCCGUAACUACUGCUCCCGCAUACAGCUGGCAGCCCAACGCUGCCUACUACGGCGCCGGUCGACGAGUGGCACUCUCAUCCCUCCGCACGCUCACCUUCUACUCUGGCAAACACACCGCGUUUCGACGAACCUCACCUCUACCGCAUCUCACCUGCAUCGGUUCACCAUGUCGACGCUUUCAACCCGACGUGGUACAGUGCACCGCAAUGGGAGACGGACAGUGGAAGUGCAGCGCCGAUCUGCCCGUCACGAUCAGGAUGGGAAGAGUGGAGGUGAGCUGUGAGGGGUACGACUAUGCGGAAGAUCCACAACAACCUAGCUUCUUCAACCCCGACCCCUACGGCGGCUACGAUGGCAACUUUGCUGCUGGACCAUCCUCACAUUUCGGCGGUCGCAGAAGAGGGUGGGAUGACAGCGAUCGUGGUUCAAGUUCCGCUUUCAGGGAAAGCACCGGAUUCGGCGGCACCAGAAAUCGAUAG